AUGAACUUUUCCACCAAAAGUUCAUGUUCAACACAUAAAAACAAUCCUUAUAUACCACCAUAUCAACGAUUAUUACGACGAAAUCAAUUAUGGGCACCUAAGAAAGUUAAACAAGAACACGCAUUACAACAAGAAUGUUACAAUGGCAAAUUGAAAUUAUUUCAACAACCCGAAAAUUAUUCAUGCUAUUUCAUCAAUGAACAAAUUGACAUCUUUAUUUUAGACAAACUAAUUAGUCAAGCAAAAUUAACAAAUCAUUUCUCAAUUGAUACGGAAGAUGAUGCAUUAUCACACAAGCCUGCAGCAUUCCAAGUAGAAUUUAUCCGUCCAAAUGCACCAUCAAUUGUUAUUAUUAUUGAAGUUCAAUAUUUACCAUUAAUUACAAAUCCAUUAUUUAAAAAAAUACAACAAUUAUGUACAAUAAUAUUUACAUCCAAUAAUCAUGUGUAUUCAUGGGGUUUAGCAUUACAAGAACUCGGAAAAUUAAAUUCAUUUAAUUUAUUUAGUAAAAAUAUUCAAAUUAAAGAACAUGAUAUACAAGAUGAAUAUAGUGGUGCUCAAAAAGCUGGCUUACAAAAAACUAUUAAACAUGAAUUUAAUGAAUAUUUAAACAAAACAGCCACAUUAGUUGAAUGGGCAUGUGGUGUUGAUUUAGCCUUAGGGACAUAUUUACCAUUAGAUGUAGUGGGUCCCGAACAUACAUAUCGACUUCAUGAAGAAAAAAAGUAUCGAACAAUUUUAAAGGAUUAUGCAAUUAAUGAUAUUUUUGCAGUUACAAGAUUAUCUUUUAAAUUAGAUAUAAUAAAAUUUUCAUCAACAAAUGAUUAUGAAGAUGUUUCGGAAGAUGAAGACAAUAUUAAUUUACAACAAGAAUUAUCAAUUGAUAUACCAUCAACAUAUGAAGAAUUAAUAGUUCAUGUAACAGAUGAACUAGAAGAAACUAAUGAAGAUACAUUAUCACAACAACAACAUGAAGAAAUUGAACCAACUCGACAAAUGAGUAUAUUUAAUCAAACAAGAAAUUUUAAUACUAUUUUAGAAAUUCAUGAAAAUUUUCCAGACAAUGAAACCCAUGAAUCAUUUAAUGUUGAACAAGAUGUUAUUGAACUUCAACUCAAUGAUGAUAUGGAUAUACAAUCUUUACCUGAAAUUAUGAAAGUUCAUUUUUACCAUGAACCAAGUC